GAGUAGAUAAAAGAUAAACAACAAAUGUCUUCGCGAUUUUUUAGCGUAUAUAAACAAAAAAACCUUUAGGUGUAGAAAAUUUUUGCGGUUUUUACUUAUUGGACGAGUAAGAAAUUAAGAAAAGAACUUAAUUCUCAAUUUAAUAAAUUUAAAAAGUGUUAAAUUAAAGAUAUUUGCAAAUUAAAAAGUAUUACGAAGUCAUGAAAUUAAAUGAACCAGUUAGUGGUAGCAGUCCAGUAGUAACACCUCUUAAAAUAUCCUCCGUAUUGGGACAGAAAUUGGCGAAGGUGGAGCCAAUGCAAAAAAAUGAUUUAUUAGAGAAUGGUGGCGGCGGUGCUACUGCUGCUGCAAACGAUGAAGAUUUUGAUAAUUCUCCAGACGAAGAUGAAGAUUCUACAAAAGAUGAAGAUGUGGCUUUAACGACUACUGCUGCUGCAUUUGCAAAAGAUAAUAUUAAGUUAGAGACGGAUGUGGGAGAGGGUGGUGGUGGUGGAAGUGUUGGCGGUGGCAUUGUGGCAGAUGGCAUUGUUGGAGGUGGUGUUGAUAAUGAUACAGCCGAAACAGAAGAAGAAUCGAAUGCUGGUGGCAAAAAGAAAGGUGUACGAAAAAAACGUUCUAUUAAUUGGGAGGAAGCGGAAAGGAGCCUUCUAGUUGAGGUUAUUAAACCGAAAGUUGAUUUUGUGGAAAAUAAAGCUGUUGAUGCAAAAAGUAUCAAGUCUAAACGUAUGGCUUGGUUGCAUGUAACCAAACAAUUUAAUUCAUUAAAUUUUCGUCAUCGUUCUUUGGAACAAAUACAAGUACAGUGGCGUAGUAUGAAAAAUUUGGCCAAAAAAGAAUAUCAACAAAAACAUCCCAAGAGCACAGCCUCACAACUGGAGGGCUUACAAAUGUUGGAAUUUAUGGAGGAAAUGCAAAAGGAGCCCAUAAUGGGUGGCACACGCAGUCAAACGCGCAACUCGACAAUACAAAAUUCGCUUAAAAAAGAAUUGCCUGACGAUAUGGAAGAUGAAGAGGAGGAUACCCCGUUGGCGGCUUUACCCAAUGCUCUAUUGAAUCACAGUAACAGUGAAGAUACACAACCAACAUCAACUUUAGCACUACCAUCACCUCCCACCUCAGCAGAAUCACAUCACUUGGAAUACCAGCAGCAGCAGCAACAACAACAAUUAAUGGAAGUUAAUAAUAUUAGAAUGAAAAAGAAAAAAUCUUUACCGAAAAUCAAGCAAAAACUCACUAAAACCAAGAGCCCUUUGUUAAGUUCCAAAUUGCAGGAGAAAUCCUCCUCAGGUGGAGGCAUAGGUUUAAAGAUCAAACGACAAAAGUGUGAAACCUCAACAUCAUCUUCCUCUUUGACAGAUGUUUCCACCACUGGCAUUAUGUUGAAUUCAAUGUCUAAUGUUAAUACCAGCUAUCAUACCACCGAUUCAAAAGCCGCCAAUAACACAGUAUCCCUUACCUCCACUAACCUAAACACACCGCCUCUUUCUCCUCCCAUCUGCUUAGAUGAAAAGUAUAAGAAACAAUUAUUCGAUCUAAUAAAACGUGCGCGUUUGGCUGAAAUAGAUUUUGCCCGUAAAGAACACGAGCAAAAGUUACGCUUUGAACAGCAAGAGCAGGAACUCAAAUUACGUUAUAUGACCGAAAUUCAUGAACAACGAAUGCGUUUUUGUUUGCAGGAACAUGAAGCUCGCAUGCGAGUUUUUGCCACCGCAGCACAGGCAACAAAUACAACGCUUCCUGCUAGCAACAACGAAAAAUAAAAUAUUUAUGAGAAACAAAAGAAAUUAUGGAAAAGUUAAAAGAUUAAAUGCCAAUAAUAUUAAACACAAAUGGGAUAUAACAACAAUAACAAUAAUAAUAAUGUAUUAUAUACUCAUACAUAGGAAUUAUGUAUUUAUGUAUUGUAUAUGUAUAACUUAUGCAUUUAUUAUUUUUAAAUUAUUAUUUUAAUACUCAGCUAAUUUGAAUGGUUGUAUUCAUUUAUUUUUUAUUUUUAUAUUAAGAAAUUUAGAAAUCUUUUAGAUGCUAAACAGAUAUAAAAUACCACUCAACUUCAGCAGUUCUGUAAGGUUUUCUUGUUUUGUAAAAAGAAGUAAAAUGUUACGAAAAAAACGUGAAAAUUUUGUUAAGAACAAACAAAAUUCAAAAAGUUUCCAAGUAUUCAUUUUGUUCAUACAAAACAAGACCGUUAUUGUAUAGGAAUUUUAUAAUAUUUUUUUACUUAUAUUUAAGUAUUUUCAUAAAACACUUUUCAGUAUUAUUAAGUCAUUUUUUAUAUAUUUUUUAUUAUUUAAUUAUGUAGUUUAAUAUUCAUAUUUUUGAGCUAUAAGUUCGUUUAACCAUUAAUUUGGUGCAAAAUAAAUAAUUUAAAAAGUUUUAAUAAAUAA